AUGAAUCAAUUGUUCGCCAUUGUACCUCUUUUGUUCUUCAUCUGCCAUCUCUGUUCAGCUACACUGUUCAACGCAGCUGACAAUUAUGCAAUCAAUUGUGGCGGCUCCUCCGCCAGUUCAGCCGCAACUGAUGGCCGGAAAUGGAUCGGCGAUGUUCGUUCUAGACACUCUACUUUCUCAAUUGAAUCUAAAGGCAAACUGAUGAUCAGCAAAUCAGGCGUUGAUUCACUUUCCUCCAUCGAUCCAAUCCCCUACGCCACCGCUCAGGUUUCUCGUUCGGACUUCACCUACACAUUUAAAGUCAAUCCAGGUCCAAAAUUCAUCCGUCUUCACUUCCGUCCAUCUUCUUAUGCAAGCUUCAAGAGAUCCACGUCGAUGUUCACAGUGAAAGCAGGCAAUUACACUCUCCUCAACAACUUCAGCCCUUCCAUAACCGCCGAUGCUUUAAACCUCAAGGCUUUUACCAAAGAGUUCUGCAUCAACGUCAGGGAAAAUCAACCUCUGAAAAUCACCUUUUCUCCCUCCGCCACGGAUAACGCGUUUGCUUUUAUCAACGGCAUUGAAGUUGUCUCCAUGCCUGCAAAUCUGUACUACUCCAAUCGUCUUCCAAUUGACGAGACCAUUGCUCUAGAGGCAACUCACAGGCUCAACAUUGGCGGCAAAUCCAUUCCUGCUGCAGAAGACACGGGUAUGUUUAGGGAAUGGUUGAACGAUUCUAGUUAUCUAAACAUUGACGGUAAAUCCAGCGUUUCAGCUGUAGCAACUACACUUCGCAUUAGAUAUAGAAAAGUUCCUUCCUAUAUCGCUCCACAGAAAAUCUAUCAAACGUCUUGGUCAACAGAUUCGUAUCUUCAAGUUGAGAAGAAGUAUAGUUUUACUUGGAAAUUAGCUGUUGAUACUGGUUUCAGAUACCUAGUGAGACUCCAUUUCUGCGAGCUCGAUUACGAAAUGAAAGAAAUCGGUCAGAAGGGAUUUAGUAUUUCCAUAGACAACCAAACGGUGGAGGAAGAAGGUGAUCUGAUCAAGUGGGGAGGUGAAAUUGGAUUCGCGUUUUACCGCGAUUACAUGUUUGUGGUCGACGGUGACAUAAUGGAGGGCAAACGCGACGUUUUCAUAUCAAUCCAUCCGCAUCUAAAUAACGAUCUGGUAAUGGUAGAUGCCAUUCUGAAAGGUAUGGAAGUUUUGAAAUUGAGCAACCCGGAUAAUAAUCUUGCUGGUGUGAAUCCAAACGCGCCUCCAACUUACGAUUCAAAAUCGUUUGGUUUUCAAGAGAUCUUACUCAUAUCCUUAGUUGUAAUUCUAUUCGCGGUUAGCUACAUUUAUCUUCAACGGAAUAAAGUAGAAAUCGGCAGCAGGAACAUCGUCGUCCGCGGCAGCGAUAAUCUCUGCCGCAAGUUAUCACAUAACUUCAGCGCAGUUCGCAGCGAUAAAUUCGGAAAGGUAUAUAAAGGAAACAUGGAUAACGGGACUCCAGUUGAGGUAAGGCAGUUGAUGUAUAUGCAAGAAGAGGCAGAUGGAUUCGAGACUUCCAUAAAAAUCUCACCGAAGCUGAAGCACGAGCAUCUCAUCGAUCUGAUCGGUUAUUGCCGCAAGGGACAAGAGAUUAUCCUUGUUUACGAGCACAUGGAGAAAGGUACGUUUGCGGAUCAUAUAUUCAAAUCGGAUUGUCGUUUAUCUUGGGUGGAAAGGCUUAGGGUUUGUCAUUCCGCUGCCCUCGGAAUCGCUUACCUUCAUACUAAAGAUACGAUACAUCGAGAUAUUAAUAGCUCGAGCAUUCUGUUGAACAAGAAUUUCACACCGAAAAUCUCUGAUUUCCAAUUGAGCGGCAAGAAAACGACGUCGAACGACGCAUCUACCACUCAUAUCAGCAAAGACGUGAAAGGAACAAUCGGUUAUCUUGAUCCCGACUAUUUCUCAACUAAAACGCUGAGCAAAAAAUCCGACGUUUAUUCGUUCGGAGUUGUAAUGUGGGAAGCGCUUAGCGGGAGACCUGUUUUUGAAGUGGGGAUUAAAAACAAAAAAAACAAAAAAAACGAGCGGAAUCUAGCCAUAUGGGCUCAACAAUGUUACAAAGAAGGUAAGAUUGAUCAAAUUAUCGAUACAGCAAUCAAACCAAGUAUAUCUUCUCCUUCCCUGGAUGUUUUCACAGCUAUAGCAAACAAGUGUGUACACAAUGAUCCUACCAAGCGUCUUUCAAUGGCUCAAGUCGCAGAGUUUCUUCGAACAGCGUUGGAAUUUCAAUCACGGUCCGUUGACAAAACAGAGGUCGAUGCAGUAAUCGAUUCCGUUGGUAUAGACACUAACCAAUAUGUUCUUUCCGACCAGCAGAGAGAAGCUUUUCAAAACAGGCUUCUGAAUUCUAACUGCGUUGGGCCUUACACUCUUGAACUUCUGUUUAUCGUUCUAGAAGACUGCAAGACAUAUGCGGAUGUCUUUGAUAAAAAAACAUUAACGAAAGUCGGAAGGAGAGUGAGGGAAACCCUCGAUAAGUUUAAGGAGGAUAUGUUAGCGAAGAAGUUUGAGGAGGAUAUCAAAUUAGCGAAGAAGAAUAAGAAUAAGGAGAGGACCCCUGUUGAGAUCCACUCACUCACUUUGGAUGUAAUGGAAUUCAUGGAGCAGCUAUUGUUUCACAUUGAGACCAUCAAUUCUCUCACGAACAAUGACAUCAAAUUUGAUCACUAUUUCCAAUCACUUAUUUCGGCUCUGAAGAGUAAACUGGAGGAAACAGCUCAAUCUUACAAACAAACAUACAGACAGAAAUUUCUCAAUGACAAUAGAGAUUUUAUGGUUAGAAAGGUGACGGAGGGCGUUUCAUUUGCUCGUGUGAUGAAGGUUGAAUCUGUAUGGUCCAUCUUCCUUAAGGGCGAACCUCGUUGGAACAGUUUGAACAGUAUUUGUAAGGCUUUGUGGCAAUGA